AUGCGGCCGCUGGGCGUGACCUGCUGGUGGCUGGGCCUGCUGGCCGCCCUGGCGGCGGCGGCCACCGGCCCCCAGGACGGCGCGCACGAGGGCGCACAGGAGGGCGCGCGGGAGGGCGCGCAGGAGGAGGGCGCGCGGGAGGGCGCGCAGGGCGAGUUCAUCUACCUGAACCGGUACAAGCGGGCCGGCGGCGAGUCCCCGGACAAGUGCACCUACACCUUCAUCGUGCCCCAGCAGCGGGUGACGGGCGCCAUCUGCGUCAACUCCAAGGAGCCCGAGGUGCUGCUGGAGAACCGCGUGCACAAGCAGGAGCUGGAGCUGCUCAACGGCGAGCUGCUCAAGCAGAAGCGGCAGAUCGAGACGCUGCAGCAGCUGGUGGAGGUGGACGGCGGCAUCGUGAGCGAGGUGAAGCUGCUGCGCAAGGAGAGCCGCAACAUGAACUCGCGCGUCACGCAGCUCUACAUGCAGCUGCUGCACGAGAUCAUCCGCAAGCGCGACAACGCGCUCGAGCUCUCGCAGCUGGAGAACCGCAUCCUCAACCAGACGGCCGACAUGCUGCAGCUGGCCAGCAAGUACCGCGACCUGGAGCACAAGUACCAGCACCUGGCCACGCUGGCCCACAACCAGUCCGAGGUCAUCGCGCAGCUGGAGGAGCACUGCCAGCGCGCGCCCGCCGCCCCCGCCCGGCCGCUGCCCCUGCCGCCGCCGCCCCCGCCGGCCCCCGCCGCCCCGCCGCGCGCCUACGCGCCCCCCGCCCCCUACAACCGCAUCACCAACCAGAUCUCCACCAACGAGAUCCAGAGCGACCAGAACCUGAAGGUGCUGCCGCCCCCGCUGCCCACCAUGCCCACCCUCACCAGCCUCCCGUCCUCCACGGACAAGCCCUCGGGCCCCUGGCGGGACUGCCUACAGGCGCUGGAGGACGGCCACGACACCAGCUCCAUCUACCUGGUGAAGCCCGAGAACACCAACCGCCUGAUGCAGGUCUGGUGUGAGCAGCGGCAGGACCCUGGGGGCUGGACGGUCAUCCAGCGGCGCCUGGAUGGCUCUGUCAACUUCUUCCGGAACUGGGAGACUUACAAGCAAGGGUUCGGGAACAUUGAUGGCGAGUACUGGCUGGGCCUGGAGAACAUCUACUGGCUGACCAACCAAGGCAACUACAAGCUGCUGGUGACCAUGGAGGACUGGUCGGGCCGCAAGGUGUUCGCCGAGUACGCCAGCUUCCGCCUGGAGCCCGAGAGCGACUACUACAAACUGCGGCUGGGCCGUUACCACGGCAACGCCGGCGACUCCUUCACCUGGCACAACGGCAAGCAGUUCACCACGCUGGACAGGGACCAUGAUGUCUACACAGGAAACUGCGCCCACUACCAGAAAGGAGGCUGGUGGUACAACGCCUGCGCCCACUCCAACCUCAACGGCGUCUGGUACCGAGGCGGCCACUACCGGAGCCGCUACCAGGACGGCGUCUACUGGGCCGAGUUCCGGGGCGGCUCCUACUCGCUCAAGAAGGUGGUGAUGAUGAUCCGGCCCAACCCCAACACCUUCCACUGAGCCCCGCUUCCCCCCUCCCCGCCCCGGACCACGCCGGCCCCCCCCAGCACGCCCAGGGACCGACUGCAGCAGGGGCGGGGCUGGCUGCCGGGCCCCGCCGCCCACGACAGUGGCAUGUCCACCGUGAUCUCCGUCCCCGUCGCGUCCACAGACUAGGCGGGGCUGGCCGGCGGGUUCAGCGAGGUGACGCUCGGCCUGGGCACGAGCCCUGAGCCUGGCCCACCCCUCCCGGAGGGUGGGAUGUGAUGCAGACACACGCCCGGUGACCACCUGGUCAGUGCGGGUCUCCGUGGGCACCCAGGAGCGCACGAACUUGGGGGUCCAGACGUGGAGUCGGGCCCCGCUUUGCCCCUGUGGAGGAGUCUUCCUCCUCACCGCCACACGUGUGGCCCACACGUGUGGCUCCCAUGUCGAGCCCGACCCUCGGUGUCCCUGUGUCCGUCCAGGCCGUCAGGGCCAGCGGCCGCCACACUCAGCCCUCACACGGUGGCUCUCUGGCACAGGAGUCCCCUCUGGCGCCUCGUCAAAUCUCCAGACCCCCCUCCCUGUCCGUUUCUCUCCGUCCUCCCCGUUCUCAGGACUCAGCUGCCACCCUGGGCUCACCCUGGCCCCGCCGUGCGGCCUUCCGAGCGCCAGUCCCUACGGAGCCCAGCUCCCAGGUCGGUGGCCACCCUCCGUGCUGCCCACUGCUCCGCCCCGCCUCACUGUUGCACGGGCCCGCCUGCAGAGGGGCGGACAGUCGUUUUGUUACUCUGCCUUCACGUUAGCCUGCCUGCGAGUUUAGCCUUCACAGAAAUAAUAGCCGACACUUUGCCAGAUGUUUGACUCCAGUCACCCGGGGGAGGGGGGGCAGCGGAAGGCCCCACGUCUCAGGCCAACUGGGGCCUCGGCGCUCCCGGCCCCCCCACCCCCAUGCCCUGCAGAACUGGCCAUCCCUUGUGGGGCCACGGGCAUCCCUCAGGCCACCAGGAGGCCCCGGGCCUGGGGAGACCUCUCCUGGGUGCACGGGGCGGGGAGCGUGUGUGCCUGUUACCUCAGCACCCCUCAGCGUCCUGGGGGGCGAGUCCCAUGUACCUAACAGGGAGGGGCCGUUGUUUUUUUUAUUCGAACAUAUUCCCAGAUCG